CUAAAAGUUACAAGUUUACAACCAAAUACAUUAAUUAAUUACUCAUUUUAAGUUUUAACUUUAAAGUAGGUAUUUGCUAUUAGUCUAGAACUGUAUUUUUCAGUUUUCAGACUCAAUGUUGUUUAAAACAUUAGUAAACAUAACAAAUAAGGAAAGCUUUAUUACCUAACCAGUUAUAUUUAACAUUAAUAAGUACAUUUACAUUGAAUUGAAUAAAAAGAUAAUUCCGUUUCUUCAAGUUUUGAAUGUAUGUUAAAUUUUUAAACUUUUUUUGAAGUUAUUGUUUUGCGUUUGGAUUUGUGUCAAGUAUUAUUGAGAUUAACCACAGCGAACCGGUUUGUCAGCGGAUCCCCUCCAACUGUCUGUGUAGUGUGUUGUGUGUACAUCGGUGUCCGGUAUUUGGUACUAAACUAGUAAAGUAGUAACUACUAUUAUUAUACUACUUUAGUGGGUACUGUAAUAAUUAGUUUCCGUUCGUUUUGAAAAAUCCACUGACUGACUAUAUAGAGAUGACUUGUCGCGCAUUACAUUUCGUGUUUAAAAUAGCCGAGAGAACGAAAACCAUCAAGUUUUUCAGAGAACUUUUGGGAAUGAAAAUAUUGAGACAUGAAGAAUUCACCCAAGGCUGUGAAGCAGCGUGCAACGGACCGUAUGACAACCGUUGGAGUAAGACUAUGGUAGGAUAUGGACCAGAAGACACUCAUUUUGUAAUUGAACUUACCUACAACUAUGGAGUUGAUGAUUACAAACUUGGAAAUGAUUUCCUUGGAAUAACAUUAAAAUCUUCAAAAGUGUUAGAAAAUGCUAAAUCGCUCGGUUGGCCUGUUGAUGUUGAGGACAAUAUGUCUUAUGUUGUAGCACCGGGAGGAUAUAAGUUUUAUGUGAUUGAUGAACCUCAACCCGUUGAUAAAGAUCCUGUUGUAAAUGUCAUGUUAUCAUCUACAAAUUUGACAAAAUCUAUGAAAUUUUGGAACGGAAUACUUGGCUUAAAUAUUUUCAAUCAAAAUGAAUCUUCAAUAGAAUUAGGAUUUGGCGAAGAUCAAGCUAAAUUGAAAUUAAGAGAUAUUGGAGAGCCUAUUAACCAUGCCACAGGAUAUGGAAGAAUAGCAUUUGCAGUUCCUACAUCUGAGUUAGAAAGUUACCAAGAAAAUGCUAUAAAUAAUCAAUAUAAAAUUUUAACUCCUUUCGUAACCUUAGACACACCAGGAAAAGCUUCAGUUUCCGUUGUGAUUUUUGCUGAUCCUGAUGGUCAUGAAAUAUGUUUUGUUGGAGAUAAAGAAUUUCGUGAGUUAUCUCAGUUUGAUGCAAGUUCUGAAAAGCAAUUAGAUAAAUACAUUGUUAAAGAUGAAGCAAGAAAAUUGAAAAACUAAAUGUAUGUGAUUACAAAAACAUUUUUUUUUAUUUAUGUUUCUAAAUUUGUAUAAUCAACACACAUUUAUAGUUUUAUAUAUUUUUACACAUACAAUUUUACUAGAGAUAAUGGGUUAACUUAUUUUAAAAUUAUAUAAUAUAUAUUACCUAAUAAAAUACUGUUGAUAAUA